AUGGCUACAGGACGCGGUCAGUUCUUUGAGAGUCUAAGGCAAGGUUUGGAGAAAACUCAACUCGCCAAUGUUGCUGCGUUUGUCAAACAUCACAAAACAAUGUCUGCAACACCUUCUAAGCGUCGGAGAAGGAAAUGUAAGUCGUCGGAACCUGCAGGGUCGAAGUCCCUGGGAGGUUGUAGAGCGCUCUCUACUACUGAACAACGGGCUAAGAAUUACAUCGAAAGAUUGCCGCCUGAGAUAAUCCUGAGGAUCCUCUCUUACCUGGAUGCCGCCUCUCUUUUCUGCAUUGGUUACGUUAACAAGCAGUUUAAUGAGCUGGCUAACAGCAAUGACAUGUGGUAUAAGCUGUACUCUCGUGAAUAUGCUAAAAAUAAAUGGCGACCCAAACGAAUAGAGAAAGUGACAGAUGGAAUGCGUGCCGUCACAGUUCAGGAGAGGCCUAAGGGAUACUGGAGAAGGCUGUUCUUCAGAGAAAUGGCUGGCUACAAUGAGAACAAAUGGAAGAAGGAGCUAAAAGCCAUCAACCCCUACACGGGCCUGCCAAGGCAAACGGAGCAAGUUCUGAGGAGUUUGGGCGUAACGUGGGAGAUCACACUGACUGAUAAAAAGGGACGGGAGAGCACCUUUGAGCAGUCUCACGUCUACUUCUCUGACUCCUCCGUCACUCUGUGCUGGAGCAGUGGCGACUGGCCCUUUAUCGACCGCAUCUCCACGCUACAGCUCCACGGGGUGAUGCGUGUGAGGCUGGACUGUCCCACUGCUAACAAACCGGGUUGGAGAUCACUGAUUAGUAAGGUUGAGUUUGGUAAAGACACAUGGAAAGCCUAUGGUUCAGACAAGAUUGUGAAGCUACGUCACAUUGAUCCAGGCAUUGCUAUUGGAGUCUGGCGGGGCCAGUGGAAAAUUGCCUUCAUCAUGGUGAAUUUGCAUUUUCACAAACUUGUGGAAAGAAGCGUUCUUGGGUCAUCUGUUUGUUCAUACGGACUGGACGAAGACAGACCUCCGUUUGACGAUGUGGACCCAGAGUACGGUCUCCAUGGAUACAGUGCACACAUUGUGUUUCACAAUACUGUGAAGCACAUCAUGUCUGGGCAUUUUUCCCAGCUCUUCUGCAGGAGAGACCAGAUCCGUGGUGGAUUCAUAGAGUUGAGGGCAAUCUGCAUGCGAAACAUGUCACAGCACACGCCUCUGUCUGGCAAGAUUAACUUGCCCUGGAGGACCGAGGCCUUGCAGGGGACUAUUGAGAACUGUUGUAUGAUGAGCCUCACUGUGCUGGAUGAAGUUCAGAACCCCUUCUGGUGUGUCAGCUCUCCUGUCCAAAUGGUCUUAUCAGAUAGUGAGAUGUCUUACGAUUAUGACGGACCAAGCUACUUCAUCAGCUUUCAGGAGUCCAGAGGAAAGGUCAGACUCAAGCUUGUGUGGUUGGAGGAGCAGAACCAGUUCUUCCUCAUCAAGCUUUCCAUUUUCCUCCCAGUUGCAAGGGUCAACAGGCAUUUUGGAAGAGAUUACAGAGACUGGAUUGAAUUUAGUGAUUUGAGUUGA